CAGUCUUCACCUUCAAGCUAGUCCAUCUCGAAUACUUGGUUUUCUUCACGUUGCGGCAGAUCGAUUACGCUUAUUAUAACUAUCAUCUUCGACCUCGCCACCGCCGGAAAACUACUCUGAUGGCGACUAAUAGCAACGCCUGUGCUACUUGCGCCGCGGCCUUUGGUCGUCCAUCUGAUCCAAUACAAGAAAAGACUCUUCUACCAGGAAGAGAUUUAUUAUGUUGUGGCCGUGCAAUUUGUUCCAAGUGCCUCAACCAGAAUAAACGUUACGAAACCUAUUGCCCGUAUUGUCAAAUCACAACAGCGCCAUCACCCUUACCACAAGGCUUGCGCGAUCCACCUCCAUAUUCAAUAUCCUCUCAGGCCCCGCCCGCAGGAAUCGAUCACGGCGAACAUGAUGAACCACCGGCGUACAACGACCAUGGUUCUUCAAAUUCAAUUGUGACCGACCAAAAGACAAUGGCAGGAUCAAUGCCAGACGUCCUCCACUUCUUAGCUCCGAAUGAUACUAUGCUUUCGUUGUCGCUUGCCUAUGGUGUUCCGAUUGCGGCACUGAGAAAGGCAAACAACGUUUUCGCUGAUCAUCUUGUCCAAGGAAGGAAGACAGUCAUCAUUCCUGGCGAGUACUACAAGGGUGGCGUGUCCUUGUCACCUCAACCAAUCGAGGGUGAGGAAGAAGAGAUCAGGCGUAAUAAAGUUCGACGUUGGAUGGUGGCAUGCAAAGUGGCAGAAUACGACGUUGCUCUGCUCUACCUCAACCAGGAGGAAUGGCAUUUGGAUGCUGCAAUUGACGCGUAUCGAGAUGACGAGAGAUGGGAGAGGGAACAUCCGCUAGAGGGCUCCAAGAAGACACGACGAGGCGGCGGCAAGGCUGCACAAUCAGCUGGGAUGAGGCGAUUCGUCGGAUCCGGCGGUAGUGUAGAUAACGUUGGUCGCAAUAGAAGCAACAGCUGAGAGCUGCAAUACAAGCAUUUAGAACCUC